UUUGACAACUGAUUACUUGCAAUGGAUAGAUAUAUUUUUCUAAAAGUCUCCAUUUCACAUUCAUUUUUAAGUCACGUAGUUUUCAAGUCACCGUGCUAAAAAAAUGUAUUGAAAAGUACAUUCUUUGCACCUGUUUUUCUCCACACUACAGGCAGAAUAAUUUGAUUUGAGCUAAGUUAAUUUGAGCUUAAGAUUGAACUGAGGCCAGGUUUGCAACUAAGUUUUACUUAAUAGAACAGAUGCCACUGUGGAGAAGAAGAUGAUACUUUGAUGGGAUCAAGAUGACCCAUGAAGCAACCUUUAAACAAAACAUGGUUUUGGCCUUUAAGCACAGUGAGAUUCAGAUGAAAAAGGAUGAAAAGGACACUUGCUUGCCACUCUCCAGGCAAACCAGGCCAUGAUCCAAUGUCAAUGUGACCCCACCAGAAAUCUAGGCAUUGAGACUGGUUGUGUCCAAUAAAGAACCAUGAAAUGCCAAGCAUAUCAACCUUCUGUUGUAUCAGUUCCCCAUUACUUAAGGCACAUUUUCAACCUGUCCAUGCACAGAAAAACCUCCCAAUACCAUCUUCCUCCUAAAAUUCUCCCCCCUCUCUCUGGCUGUUGAUCUUGCUCUCUCAAAGUUAGUUAAAGGAGCAAACCCAAAUACCAUCUGCUGCUCCUUGUUGUGUUCUCAGAUAGAUCCAUGGAGGGUGAAAAUAGCUACACCGAUCUUCGAACCGCUUCCUUUUCAAUUUAUCUGAAUUCGGCACAAGAGAGCUUUGUGCAGAAGCUUGGUGAGUCGGCUCGGUGCUCGUCUCCUCCCAUCCCUUUGAGUGAGGAGACUCAUGUUCUGAAAGGCUUAGGGAAGGUCAUGGCUAGAGGGGGCGAAAUCGGCGUCUUUGGUGCCGAAAAGUACUUCAACAUGGACAUAGAGGAGGACUCUGCCCCGACACUCGUGGUUGAUGACAUGAGGAAAUCUGGGUACAAGAAAGAGUGUCAUCUCGAUCAUUAUUCUAGUAGCUUGAAGACCAUGUCCGGAACGCCGAGUUUGAGCUCCGAGAUGAGUUGGAACAGCCAAACUUCUCUCUUGAAAAGCCUUCAGAGGAUUCCAUCUCAGGGGAAGCAGAACAGCUCCAGCAGAAGAAGCUUUUUCGCAAGACUUAGCUGCAGCAAGUCUUGUUCGGAUAGGAAGUCCAUAUAUGUCAGCAGAAACAUUCAGGGCAGAGGAAACCGACGAGAGGAUAUCAGAAGUGAGAGUACGGAAAAUGAGCACUUAGCCAUCAGAGAUAAGCAGUCUCAAUCUCAACCUACGUGUCAGGAGAAAGAUGAUUUGAGCUGCUCAAGUUUCGAAAAGGCCACAACGGGGCCAAAAAGAGAGGAGCACUUUGCUUUCCCGGUGCUUCAUGAUGGGUUGCAGAAACUGGCUGUCGAAAGAAAAAUGGGAGAGAUCAGAACCAAAGUAGAAGAAGAGCCCCGGAUCUCUCUCGAGGUAUUCGGCUCCCGCGCAAAGAAGAAAGGCGAUGCAGUGGCGAUGAACCUGGAGAGGAAACUGUCAAUUCUAACUUGGGAUGCCAUUCCGAAAGCCCAAAGCUUUCCGACUUCAUCCCAACGCAGCGAAGCAAACGACGACAUGGAAAGCGAGGCAAGUUCUGAUCUGUUUGAGAUAGAAAACCUAUCUGGCACUAGUAGCGUGCCUCCAUUAUUCUCUGGGUUCAUGACUCCCACCACUUUGUACGAGCCAAGCGAAGCCAGCAUCGAGUGGAGCGUUGUCACGGCCAGUGCAGCUGAUUUUUCAGUGUUCUCCGAUUAUGAUGAGAAGGAAGUUUCGCUUUCAUCUGGUUUCCAGGAUGCUAGUCUAGUCAAAACUUCCAAUGCUAAACUAAGCCAAGAAAAAUCAUCAACAGAAAAUCAGGGUCCAAAACCCCGAUUAAGUGGAGGUGGAUUAUUGGGGUGCAAGAGUCACAAAACAGUUAAAGUUGCUGAGACUGCCCACAUGACUAAUGACAAGCCGAAGAUCCCGCAGCCCCACCCAAGGUUGAAUACCUCCAUGCCAGUAGGAAAAUUGCAAGCUGAGGCCAAGGUGAAAGAUAUUGAUUUCUCAUAAGAGAGGUGAGGAGAGAACUGAGAAGCACGAGCUUUUGUUUUCGUUGCUUUUUCUUUUUCCUUGUAAACUUUUCCUGGCAUUUGAUGUCAAUAAUACUUGGGAGUGAUUAUGCCGAGCAUAAGAACGUGUUUACUACUCCCUUGAAAAAACAGGGUCCAUGUCUGGUGUCUUUGUGUCAUUUCAGAACAAAGCAGCCGAAUUAGCCAGCAAAAAUCAGGAUUUUGAUUUUGUUGGAGCUUUCUAGGCGAUUGUCUGAGAGUGUAUCUAGGGGACCUGGAUUGCUUGACCACCCUUGUCUGUUACAUUUGUAAGUUGUGUUCAUUCUUGUCCUGCUUUAGAAAUGGAGGUGUUUCCUAUGAUGGGGCCUUAUUCUCUA